UUUGUACAUCCAAUCCGGUUUUAUCACAUCUCCACAUUUGCAGGCGUUAUGAGGCCAUAUCUGAACAAUACCACAACUAGAUUGCCAUUAACAGCAACUCCUCCAUAUUCACCAUUUUGCCACCACUCCCAUUUCCUUUCUUCCAAGACCUCGUCUUUUAUUCCUCUCUUUCAUUCAACCAAAUACCCAUCUGUCCAAAACCCGAAAUCGCCUCCAUAUCCCCUCCAAAAACCCACCAAUUCUCCUGCUUUUAGGCCGCUGUUGAAAGCAUCGAUGGCAUCAACAGCACCAUCAACAGGGGCAGCCACAGAGACGAAGCCUUUCUCUGUUCUCUUUGUUUGCUUAGGCAACAUAUGCCGGAGUCCAGCUGCUGAAGGUGUCUUUAGAGAUAUUGUGAAAAAGAAAGGCCUCGACUCCAAGUUUAACAUUGACUCUGCUGGCACUAUUAAUUACCAUGAGGGAAACAUGGCAGACCCAAGAAUGAGGGCAGCCUCAAAAAGGCGUGGCAUUGAGAUAACAUCUAUUUCAAGGCCAAUCCGGGCAUCUGAUUUUAGUGAUUUUGACCUUAUUCUUGCUAUGGACAAGCAAAAUAGAGAGGAUAUAUUAAAGGCUUUCAAUAAGUGGAAAUCCAGAGACAAACUUCCCGCUGAUGCAUAUAAAAAGGUUAGUGGAAUAUUAAGAGUGGAGAUUAUCAGUGAAUUAUGGGGUGGCUUUUCCAUUCAGAUAUUUGUACUGGUUAUGCAGGUUAGACUGAUGUGCUCGUAUUGUAAGAAACACAAUGAGACUGAAGUCCCAGAUCCAUACUAUGGUGGACCACAAGGUUUCGAGAAGGUUUUAGACUUACUUGAAGAUGCUUGCGAAUCAUUGCUGGACAACAUCUUGGCUGAAGACGGCAACACUCAUAGUUCCUAAGUUUCUGCUUGAAACCUCAUUUAUAGGCCUUAGUUAUCAUGUGUUCUAAGCGGAACUUCCAUUGGUGUUUGCAUGUAUUUAACUGUUUCCUUUUGUGUGUGUGUAAAAGCAACGUGUCCUUUGUUAAGUUAGCUCUUGAAAUUACUCUGAUAAUCGAUGAAAUAAUUUCUGUUGAUAUAUUAC